CCAUACCUUCAAAUUUUCUAAACGGUUCCACUAAUCCACCAUCAAACGCAGCCACACAAAGCUGAAAGCUCCCAGGGAGAAUUGUAUUACUGGUGAGGUUUCGUCCGAUAAUAGAAGUGGUGGUGGCGAACGAAUCUCUGGACUCUCAUGGAUUGAUGUUUCCAUAUGCAUGUUUCUACAAGUAUUCAUCCGAAGUGUGAAGUAUUUGGUGUUUCACACUUCCAUGGGACAGAGCGUGGAUUGUCAAUCAGAACAAGAUGGAGCUUGUCUUGUAAACCUGCUUGCAUAGACUCACACAGUCUCGUUCUUCGUUGUAAGCUACAUUACCAAGAAAGCGGUAGGAUUAAAGGCUUGAGAUACCCAAAUAUGUCAUUUCGAAUCACGGAAAGAGGACCAAUCAAUGUGGCUGUCAACGAUGAUUUGCCAGACUUGCCUCUUUCAAUUUCGUAUGAUACUGCCAUGGAAGCACUUUCCUCUCUUAUUACACAGCAGAAACGUGGUGACAAAUCGCCUGUAGUUGACAAAUUCAGGAAAAUGGAGAGGAUGUCGAGGUAUCUUAAGAUAUUAGGCUUGGAGGAACGUAUUGCUGGGCUCAAGAUAAUCCAUGUUGCUGGAACUAAAGGAAAGGGUUCAACUUGCACUUUCUGUGAGGCUAUAUUGAGGGCAUGUGGUCUCCAAACUGGACUGUUUACUUCUCCGCACCUGAUUGAUGUGACAGAAAGAUUCCGUAUAAAUGGGUCGGACAUAUCUGAAGAUAAAUUUCUACAGUAUUUUUGGGAUUGUUGGAAUCAAUUAAAGGAAAAUGUUUCUGAGGACCUGCCAAUGCCUCCUCUAUUUCAGUUCCUCACUAUUUUGGCGUUCAAGGUGUUUGUUUGUGAACAGGUGGAUGUUGCUAUUAUUGAAGUCGGUCUUGGAGGUAAAGAGGAUUCAACAAACGUGAUUAACGAACCUGUUGUCUGCGGCAUUACUUCUCUGGGGAUGGAUCAUAUGGAGACAUUGGGUCAUACACUUGCAGAGAUUGCUGCUCACAAGGCUGGAAUUUUCAAGCCUCAUGUUCCUGCUUUUACUGUUCCUCAAGUCCCUGAAGCAAUGGAUGUUCUUCAGCAAACAGCCUAUGGCCUUGCGGUUCCUCUCAAAGUUGUUGCACCUCUUGAUUCUAAGCAGUUGCAGGGGGUCAAGCUUAGCUUGUCAGGUGAUCACCAGCUCAUAAAUGCUGGUCUUGCUGCUUCGCUCUGCAGAUGUUGGCUGCAGAAGACAGGGAACUGGGAAAAGCUAUUCCACAAUGAAGAAAGGGCAGCUGACUUGCCAAAAGCAUUUCUUAUAGGUCUUUCAACAGCACAUCUUGCUGGGAGGGCUCAAAUAGUUUAUGAUUGUUCUUCAAAGUCAUCCGAUGUAACCGGAGAUCUGAUCUUUUACUUGGAUGGAGCCCACAGUCCUGAGAGCAUGGAGGCUUGUGCCAAGUGGUUCUCAGGUGCCGUUACAGUGGACAAGCAGUUAUCAAAAUCUACAUCAACAUCAUCAUCAUCAGCUUACCAUGAAAGUAUUUUAGAAGGUGGCAGAAAUGGUUCCAUUGAACACUUAAAAGAAAACGCCGAUAAGUCCAACAUGAUAUCUAAGAAGAUUCUUUUGUUCAAUUGCAUGGAGUUGAGAGACCCUGAAGUUUUACUUCCUCAGAUUCUAAGUACAUGUGCUUCCUCAGGCACUCAUUUCUCAAAGGCUAUUUUUACUCCAAGCACGUCCAAAUAUACCAAGGUGACCUCUGGUACCUCGGUCCUUCCCUCCGAGAUCUUGAACAAGGACUUGUCAUGGCAAUUUAGCCUUCAAAGACUCUGGGAGAAGAUCAUCCAUGGAAAAGAAACCAACAUUGCACUCGACAAUACAUCCAAGAUGAUCAAAGCAGGGACCUUACCAUCUCAUGAAUUCCUUUACAAGGAUGCUUCUCACUGCUGUCCUGCUAACAAAGAUUUUACUUGCAGUGCUGUGAUUCCUUCGUUGCCAUUGACAAUAAAAUGGUUGAGGGAUUGCGUUAAAGAAAACCCUUCUCUUCGACUUCAGGUUCUUGUCACCGGAUCAUUGCAUCUGGUAGGAGACGUGCUGAAGCUACUAAGGAGACGACCAUGAAUGUUGAAACCAUUCGUUUUGUUCUUUUAACCUUAUUGAUUGAUUAGAUCCCAUUUUUUCUCCAAAUAAUAAUGGAGUUUUCUUUAGUGAUUCAUUUUGCACAGUAUUUGUGGAUAAAGUCUUCCUUCUUGCCUAGGUUACCACUCUUGGAACUUUGAAGUAUUUCAUUUUGUUGA